GGAAGGAACUUGGAGAGAAGGGAAGGGAGCGGAGUCCUCCAGGGCAAUACAUGCCCCCACUCCAUAGUCCUUCCUGCCUGGCUUUGGACUUGGGGGUGGGAGAUCAUCUGGGAUUUGGAAUUACUAGCACCUCUCAUUAGGACAGACAGAAAUUGGCAGAAGAGCAAAGGAGUUCCUGUGAACCUCUUGGAGACUUCCUGGGAGUACCGAUGGAGGAGGAAGAUUCCAGAGGACUUGAAGCAGGAAGUGGCUGGGAUGCCAUCGAGACUGGAAGCAGUAGAGGAUUCUGGGAGAACACAGGGACUAAGGACACCCUCAUCUCAUACGUUCAGCCCCAGUGUUUCAGGCAUUUCCUUUACCAGGAGGCCAAAGGCCCUCGGGAGGUUUGUAGCCAACUCCACCAUCUUUGCCAUCAGUGGCUAAAGCCAAAUCAACACACAAAGAAGGAGAUCCUGGACCUGGUGAUCCUGGAGCAGUUCCUGACUGUCCUUCCAUCAGAGAUGGAGAGCUGGGUGAGGGAAUGUGGAGCGGAGACCAGCUCCCAGGCGGUGGCCCUGGUGGAAGGUUUCCUCCUGAGCCAGGCAGAGGAGAAAAAGCAGGAAAACUGGCAGGGGAAGGUUCUGUUUGCAGAGAUGAGCACUGAUUUCUCUCAUAAUGGGAGGACUCCAACAGACACCAGAAAGCACCCACUGGGUGAUGGGAUGAUGCUGGGAAGAUCUCUUCAGCCAUAUUCUCUUCACGGAGGAGGGGAAUCGGCUUCUGUGGUACCAGAUCAGAAGGUGAUGAAUUGGAAACCAAGAAUAAAGGAGACCACGAUAAUGUCUACGCAGUGAGGGAGCAGAAUGUAAAUUUGGAGAGUGGAGAGAGAUUCAGCCAGAGGUCCCAGCAACAAAAAACGGACGGUGGGAAGAAACAGUAUCAGUGCUUGGAAUGUGGAAAAAA